AUCCAAACGUUACCUUUGGAACAACCCAAUGCAACCCAAGGCUCGAAUAGCCUCUGUACAGUGACUAGAGGCAAGAAGGAGCAGUUUCUGGUGGUGAAUAGGGCUAUCGAAUCACUGUUUGGGCAAAAAUUACUCAAAAAACUAAUUCGAUUCCAACAAAAAGCUAUGGGCUCUUCACAACAGCUGUAAUCGAUCCUAUUCGAAUCAGAUCAGGCUUUGAGCUAGGUUCCGAAAACUUGAAAAAAGAUUCAAACAUUAAAAAACCCAGACAGAUGAUUUCAAAAAAAUUCAGAAAAAUCACUAUAAUUAUCUAGAGGUGAUUUCGGUUCAUCCUUGAAAAAAUUAAAAACUUUUAACAUGGGUGGGUGUUGACAUUAGGAUGACAUCAACUUGGUAGCGUUUGAUAGAUUUCAUUGCUAGCUUCCUGAGGUAAUUUUCAAUCAAUUUUGACAACUUUGAGAUGUUAAAUUUGAUCACCGUUCUGAUACCAAGUUAAAUUAUAGACCUGUUAGGCUUUAGAGAAGAGAGGAAAGAAGAAGAAAGAAAAAUAUGAGAAGAGGGUAGUGUCUGUUUGGUCAAGAGUUAUCAAAAUUAUUUUUUUGUCCAUAUUUAAGUAUCACGUGACAGUUUAUGAUAAAAAAAAAACGUUAACAAUCUGGACACUGUCUGUUUGAAGGAUCAUAUAGAAACAUAUUCAAUACUUCAGGGACUAAGAUGAUGCAAUUAAAACAUUGGGGACCAAAAUGAGACAAACGUCAUACUUUGGGGACCUCUAGUGCAAUUAACCCAAGGUUUUAAUAAAUGUCACCACUUAUUGAGUCUCCAAAUACAAGCUCAAUUUUUUAUGCUGCUAAAUGAGUGAUGUGUCAAUUAUUGCUAUAUCGGUUUAUACUAUGCGAAGGGGAAAGAAAAGCUGGGGCAGGUGCAUGGACAUCCAGUGGACUGCGGGAAAUCAAUAGCUAAACUAAUGGUCAAAUUUUCAUCUUCACUCGGACUGAUGCAGUGUGGUCAGAGGAAAGUUCACCAGACUUAUUUGUGCAGUGAGGUCAUGAUAUUAGAAGAACACUCUGAUGAAGUCUGGUGCUUACAAUUUUCUCAUAAUGGGAGAUACCUAGCUUCAUCUUCCAGAGAUCGAUCAGCAAUUUUAUGGGAGGGGAAAGAAAAGCUGGGGCAGGUGCAUGGACAUCCAGUGGACUGCGGGAAAUCAAUAGCUAAACUAAUGGUCAAAUUUUCAUCUUCACUCGGACUGAUGCAGUGUGGUCAGAGGAAAGUUCACCAGACUUAUUUGUGCAGUGAGGUCAUGAUAUUAGAAGAACACUCUGAUGAAGUCUGGUGCUUACAAUUUUCUCAUAAUGGGAGAUACCUAGCUUCAUCUUCCAGAGAUCGAUCAGCAAUUUUAUGGGAGGUGAUAUUGUCUUCUUCGAUGGUGACAUUUAGUUGUUUAAUUCCUUUUCUCAUUCCUUGA